AUGUCUGAUUCCGUGGCCCUUCCGGAAUGCCCGGUCACUUACCCGGCCCCUGCCUUCGAUGCUCAAGCUCAAACCAACGUUGCCGUCUAUUGGGGCCAAGGAGCAAACCAGGGCCGCCUGGUAGACUUCUGUCAAAAUGGCGCUUACGACAUCAUCAACAUAGGCUUCAUCAACAAGUUCCCUGACGCGAAUGGAUACCCUGGAGCCAACUUCGGCAACCAGUGUGGCUCCGAGACGUUCCUGGGCACAGACCUUCCCAGCAACUGUCCCUGGAUUGGCCAGGAUAUCCAGACAUGCCAGGAUGUCUAUGGGAAGAAGAUCUUCUUGUCCAUUGGUGGUGGCUCGCCAACCGACUACUACCUGACGGACAAAGACUAUGCCGAGGACUUUGCUGAAUUUCUCUGGAACGCCUUCGGCCCCCCGAAGGACGACGGAACCCCUAGGCCCUUUGGUGAUGCCGUUGUCGACGGCUUCGACUUCGAUAUCGAGUCGGAGAUGGCAUCCGCCCCUGUUGAUGCACCAGACUAUCGGUCACAAUAUUACCCGGACAUGCUCAACUACUUCCACGAUGUUUUGUUCCCCGAAGACACGUCCAAGAGCUACUAUCUCUCCGUUGCUCCUCAAUGCUCGUUGCCCGAUGCCCACUUCACCUAUGACUUCUUCCUCGACACGUGGGUCGACUUCGUCUUUGUUCAGCUCUACAACACCCCCAGCUGCAAUGCUCUGGCGACCUCCACAUAUCAGGACAUUAGUUUCUACGAUUACUUGGCUGGUAUUGCCGCUACCCGCAAUCCUGCAAUCAAGUUUUUUGCUGGUCUGACUGCGGGUGUGGCUGGUGCGCCCAAUGAUCCUGAUGCCUACUUGACACCGGCAGUGGUCGAGCCAUGGAUUCAGCUGCUUAAACCUUUUCCCGCGCUUGGUGGCGUGAUGCUCUGGGAGGCUACGGUUGACCAGGAGAACACUCAAGACGACUACAUGUACUCCGAGUACAUCAAGGCAGCCUUCGUCAAAUGCGGGGAUGCAUACACGCCGAACUCCGAGUGCAGCUUCCUGAACUACAAGCCCAACAAACUCCAGCUUUCCAUCUCUCAGAACGGCCGGUGCGGUGCCUCGUAUGGCACCUGCGAGGGUUCCACGUUUGGAAAUUGCUGCAGCCAAUACGGCAACUGCGGCACGACCGAUGCCUUCUGUGCGGCGGCCAACAACUGUGAUAUCAGGUACGGCCUGUGCGGCGACGACGCCAAUGCGGCUGCGACCUGCACGACCUCCACUUCAACCACUCCUACACCAACGCCCACGCCUGUUGACGAUUCACCUGUGUUACUCACUCCUAUUGUCUCGCCUGCGCUUGACACUCCUGUCGUCACUCCCGCCGCCACUCCUGUCGACACGCCGGUCCUGACCCCUGUCAACACCCCCGUGCUCACUCCUUCCGCGAGUACCCCGGAUGUCUUCACUCCUGUCUUCACUCCUAUCAACACCCCUAUCAACGGUACCCCUAUCAACACUCCUGUUGACGGAACUCCUGUCAACACCCCCGUUAAUGGCACUUCUGUUUUCACUCCUAUCAACACUCCUGUUUUUACUCCUGUCGACACGCCGGUCCUGACACCUGUGUUCACUCCUAUCAAUACGCCGGCCAUCAACACUCCUGUUUUUGAUACCCCAGUGUUCACGCCGUCCAUUUACACUCCGCCUGUGUUCACGCCGAGUGGCAACCUGUCUAUUCACUUGUCGGCUCCGACUGCGUCUGACCCUGUGGGAGCUCCUGACUCGGUUGUGCUCUCCAGCGCCGCCCAAGUGUCCGGUCCCAGUGGUUCUACCUCCGGCCCAGCUCCCGGUAUCACCUCUGCACCGACGCUUUCUGGUUCUCUUUCGACACCCGGAGAUGCAACGACGACCAUCAUCACCACCACGUAUAUUGACGUUUGCCCCACCGGCAUCACCACAAUCACCACGACAUAUACGACAACAAUCUGCCCGACGCAGGCUCCCUCAGUCAUCCCCGCCGGCUGGACCACCACUGUGACUGUCUGCAACAAAUGCGGACCCGAGCCAACCACCCUCACCCUGACCAGGCCCAUUUCCACCAACAGCGGUCCUGCCACGACUUCGGCAUUCACGACGUCCACCAUCUACGCAACCCAGCUCGUGACUAUUACCGCAUGCCCGCCUUCGGUGACUGAUUGUCCUGCCAGCUCCAAGACGUACCUCUCGGUCGCCACCUCACUCGUUCCUAUCUCAACCACCGUGUACGCUGUGCCGUCCGUCGUCGCCAGCUCAUCGGCAACCACAGCGGCAGUGGGUGGUCAGACCGGUCAGGGCUCUCAGGCAGGCGGCCAGGACGGCAAAGCCAACAGCGGCAAUGACUUCUCGACAAGCACUGUCUACGCGACCCAGCUCUUCACUGUCACAGCAUGCCCCCCUUCUGUGACUGAUUGCCCCGCCAGUGCGAAGACCCACGUCUCGGUUGCCACCUCGCUCGUCCCUGUCUCGACGACCGUGUACUCCGUGCCGUCCGUUGCCAUCAUCACCAGCUCGUCAGCAGCCACCACGGCGACAGUUAGCGGCCAGACCGGCCAGGGUUCUUCUUCCCAGGGCAGCCAGAACGGUAACAGCGGUAGCAGCAAGGCCGACACUAACGCUGGCUCCUUCUCGGUCAGCACCGUCUAUCAGACUCAGCUUUUCACCGUCACCCAGUGCCCGCCUUCCGUCCCCAACUGCCCCGCCAGCGCGAAGACCACCGCCGUGCUUACUAGCGCGGUGCCGGCGUACACGACCAUCGUCCCCGUCGUUGCUACCACCACGACUCGGGUCGGUGGCAAUGGCAGCGGUUCUGCGUCCUCCGCUGUGGUUUCUGCCUCUAAGCAGGUGUAUGGCAGCGGCAGCAGCAGCAGCAGCACUAUCGUCUCUACCGCUCCCGUUCAGUCCGGCGUCCAUGGCGGAUCGGGCUCUGGCACCGGCACCGGCAGCUCCAGCUCGGCGUCAUCGCCUUCGGCCGCUUCGUCGUUUGUCAUCGCCACCGUGCCCGGCUCGAAGGCAUCUUCCUCCUCCUCCUCCUCCUCCUCCUCCUCCUCCUCCUCCUCCUCCUCCUCCUUCUCCUCCGCAGUCGGUGGAUCCGUCGGCAGCGGCAGCGGCAGUGGCAGCGGCAAGCCCAACACUCAAACAGCGGUGACCACCCAGCUCAUGACCGUCUCCGUCGUGCCCAUGCCCGCAUCGUCGUCGUCGUCGUCGUCUGCGCACUCUUCCGCUCCUGCCGUCGUGUCGGCGCCCAGCCACUACGGCAACGGCAACGGCACCGUCGUGCACCUGAACACGCCUGCUGCUUCCUCCUCCCUUGCUCCUUACAGCGCUCCGACGCCAAGCGCCAGCGGAAGCAGCAACAGCAAGACGCAGAGCGCGUCUGUGCCGGUGUACACCGGUGGUGCGGCGGCGAGCGUGAGCGUGAGCGUGAGGGGUGUGGUCGUUGGCGGAUUGGCGGCGGUUGUUGCGGCGGCGGUCUUGGUGGGUUAG